AUUUUUUGCCACUUCCGCUAGCUGCUCCGAUGUCUUGAAGUAUUUUUAUUAAUUCGCUCCUGAGGGGAAGCCAAGAUGUCAGGUGUAGGGGGAGGAAAGCGUCCCCCCGGGGGGGACAGUCCCCCCGGCCCACCUGAGAAGAAAAGCAAAAAGGAGGAGAAGACCACCACCACUCUCAUUGAGCCCAUUCGCAUCGCUGGAGUCUCGUCCACUGAGGAAAUGGACAUGAAGGUGAUCCAGUUUAAGAAUAAGAAGCUGAGCGAGCGCUUGGAGCAGCGGCAAGCACUGGAGGAUGAGUUAAGGGAGAAAAUAGAGAAGCUAGAAAAGAGGCAAGCAACUGAUGACACCACCCUGCUGAUUGUGAACCGCUACUGGUCAGAGCUGGAAGAAAAGGUCCAUGUCCUGCGUAAACGUAUUGAACCGGAGGCCCCAGUGCCGUCCAAACCAGUUCCCCCUCCUGCGCCGCUUCCUGAUCCUGUACCCAUGGAGGGAGACGGUGUCAGUAUGGUCUCACCGACCUCCGGUGCGCCUCCACCGCCGCUCCCUGAGGCACACGGUGACGGGAAACUACCAGAGCAUCAGCAGCAUGGUGAAGUAUCUAAAGAAGGGCAUCGGGACACUCCCCAGCAGCCUCCACAACCUGACAGAUCAGAGCAGUUAACUCCCACAGAGCCCCCAUGGCAAUCAACCACAGAAACAUCACCACCGCCCCCUUUUCCCCUGAGCGAGAGCGCCAAAGGUUUCUUGGCCACGCUGGAGCACAGCAGCGAAGAAGAGCUGGCGCUGCACCUCCAGGACCGCAUGUUCUUCAGCAAGGACGCCAUCGCCUGCCUCGUGUGCGUCUUCGACCGACUGCACAGCUGCAUUGACGACAUGUGCAAGCAGAUCCAAGCUGCGGCGUGCGAGGACGAGAGCCUGGCCAGCGCGGGCGCCGUGAACCGCACUCUGCUGGACGAGAAUCGCAGACUGCGAGACCAGGCCACCCUGCUGCAGGGUCGACAUCACAAAACGUCAAUGGAGUACAACGAAUGGGUGGACAAGGUGACCAGCGCGGAGACCAAGGUGUCGGAGAUGGAGACCACUGUGGAGGACUUGCAGUGGGACAUUGAGAAACUCCGAAAUAGGGAACAAAAGCUCAACAAGCACUUGGCAGAGGCCAUGGAGCAGCUCAAGUCUGGCUACAGCAGCACCGGCAGCUCAGGUGGGCUGGCUGGAGGCCAAAUUACAUUAACCAUUCAAAAGUUUGAAAGUCUUAACACAGAGCUGGAACACAACCAGGAGUUGGCCAACAGCCGCAUGGCAGAGUUGGAGAAGCUGCAGGUGGAGCUCCAAGAGGCCGUGAGGGAGAGCGAGAAGCUCAAGAUCGACCUGCGUAAUAUUCCGGAGGAGGUCGUGAAGGAGACUGUGGAGUACAAGUGUCUGCAGUCCCAGUUCUCGCUACUCUACAACGAGUCUCUGGGAGUGAAAACCCAGCUCGAUGAGGCUCGGGCCCUCCUGCUCACGGCCAAGAACGCCCACCUCAGACAGAUUGAGCACAUGGAGAGUGACGAGCUGUCCCUCCAGAAGAAGUUGCGCACUGAAGUCAUCCAGCUGGAGGACACGCUGGCCCAAGUGCGCAAAGAAUAUGAAAUGUUGCGCAUCGAGUUUGAGCAGAAUCUCGCCGCCAACGAGCAAGCAGGACCAAUCAACAGGGAGAUGCGACACCUAAUCAGCAGCCUUCAGAACCACAACCUGCAGCUAAAAGGUGACGUGCAGCGCUUCAAGAGGAAGCUGCGCGAAACCCAGGUCGAAAUCAACAAGUUACGCUGCCUGAGCAGCGACGCGGGCGGUCUAGUUCUGGAGGAGUCGACCGGCGACACCAACGAGGUGAAGAAAGAGGAAGAUGAGGACCAAGAAGAGGAGGAGGAGAGGAGGAAGGAGCUUGAGAGGCAGCGGGCCCGCGAGAGGGAGAGGGAGGCCGAGCGCGAACGAGAGCGAGAGCGCGAGCGCGAGAGGCAGCGCAGCGACGAGCUCAAGAGGAAAGACUCGGACACGUUGAAGAUGCUCAGAGUCGAGCUCAAGAAAGCUCAGGAGUCCCAGAAAGAGAUGAAGCUCCUGCUGGACAUGUACAAAUCGGCUCCAAAGGAGCAGCGGGACAAAGUGCAACUCAUGGCAGCUGAACGUAAAUCCAAAGCAGAGGUGGAUGAGUUGAGGAUUCGCGUGCGGGAGCUGGAGGAGCGCGAGAGGAAGGAGAGCAAGAAGCUGGCCGACGAAGACGCCCUCAGGAAGAUCCGAGUGGCCGAAGAGACCAUCGAACAUCUGCAGAAGAAGCUGGGCGCCACUAAGCAGGAGGAGGAAGCGCUGCUGAGCGAGAUGGACGUCACGGGCCAGGCCUUCGAGGACAUGCAGGAGCAGAACAGCCGGCUGUUGCAGCAACUGCGCGAGAAGGACGACGCCAACUUCAAGCUGAUGAGCGAGCGCAUCAAAUCCAACCAGAUCUACAAGCUGCUCAAGGAGGAGAAGGAGGAGCUCGCCGACCAGGUCCUCGCGUUCAAGACGCAGGUGGAUGCUCAGCUGCUGGUCGUGCAGAAGCUGGAGGAGAAAGAGGGCGUUCUUCAGGGCACACUGGCCACCCUGGAGAAAGAGCUGUCGGUCAGGACUCAAGCACUGGAACUCAACAAGAGGAAGGCGGUGGAGGCUGCACAGCUGGCGGAAGACCAGAAAGUGCAGCUGGAGCACACGCAGGCCAAGCUGAAGGAGAUUCAGGUCGCCGUCGCCGAGAACCGCACGGCCCGCGAGAGGGAGAGCAGCAACCUCAAGCGAGCGCAGGAGGAUCUGUCCAGGCUGAGGCGGAAGCUGGAGAAACAGAAGAAGGUGGAGGUGUACUCGGACGCCGACGAGAUCCUGCAGGAGGAAAUCAACCAGUACAAGGCAAAGUUGCGCUGCCCGUGUUGCAACACGCGGGACAAAGACACGGUGCUCACCAAGUGUUUCCACGUCUUCUGCUACGAAUGUCUGAAGAUGCGCUACGACACGCGCCAGCGGAAGUGCCCCAAGUGCAACUGUGCCUUCGGCGCCAAUGACUUUCACCGCAUCUACAUCACCUAAAAAAAAAAAAAAGAGCAAAAAGAUGAACACAAA